AUGAACAUACCUUCCGCCGGCUAUAGGGGCUUCGAUCAUAGUGGCGGUGUCCCCGUUCCUGUAACCGGCUAUAAGGGUGGUUCGUAUAAAGGCAAGCCUGGAGCUGGUGGUGACAUUAUCGUGAUUCCCAAGAAACCUUCUGCUACCUUGGCAUUACCAGGAGUAUGUAGACCGACUGUUGUACCGUGCAUCAACGCGCAUAUAUACGGAUAUUCAGGCCCUCCUAAGCACAACGAUUAUUGUUAUGCAGCAUGGCGGGAAGAUCUUCAACUGGCUGACUUAGGUUGGACGUUCACGCAUCAACAUUCCAAAGUGCUGUGUAGCUUCUCCAACGGCUCCAACCAUGUUAACUCUCCGCUAGUGGCCGAAGGGUUGGCAAUUAGAGCAGUCUUACUACAAGCGACGGAAGAAGAAAUAAGGACAAUCUCGGUAGAAUCUGACUUCUUACAACUGGUAAGAGCCAUCAACGCAGGCUCAUGUGUUUCCAAACUUCAUGGUAUUCUCAGCUAUAUCGCAACUCUUUCUAAAAGAUUUGAUUCUAUCUCUUUCAAGUUUAUUCCAAGGACAGCUAAUUUUGUUGGUGAUUCCUUGGCUAAGGAUGCUCUGUAUGCUCUUGCAGCAAUGACAGUUUAG